GCGCCGUGAAGAUAUAUAAAUAAGUGCCCUCCGCAGUAUUCACUCUUCACUUCAUAACUCACUUUUUUUAGGGCUUGAGAGAUGCUCGCGCUUGUGCUUCUGGUCGCUUCGGCGUGUACGGCGGUCCGGGCGCGGCCGUCGGUCAAUUACCUGCAGGAGGCCGACGCGACCGAGUCCACCCGAGGCCGGUCGGAGGAGGUCCGCUCGGACGCCAUCAAGCGGCUCCUGGCGGUGUUCGGCAUGGAGGACCCGCCCGCGGGCGUGGCGCACGGACGCAAGCAGCCGCCGCAAUACAUGCUGGAUCUGUACAACACCGUGGCCGACGUGGACGGCGUGACCAAGGACCCCUACCUGCUGGAGGGCAACACCGUGCGGAGCUUCUUUGACAAGCUGCACAGCGAGCAGGUGGAGUUCCGCUUCAACCUGUCCACCGUUGCCAGAACAGAGAAGAUCCUCACGGCCGAGCUGCACCUUUUCAAGCUGCGACCUCAGGCCACGCCGAUGUUGGGCAGGCAUCACUUCUGCCAGGUUAGCGUCUACCAGCUGCUGGACACCAUCAAAACCAACAACACGCAAGAGAGGAAGUUGCUGUCUUCUCGACUCAUCCCGGUCCACUCCAACGGUUGGGAGGUGUUUACAAUCACUCAAGCUGUUCGCUCGUGGACGCUGGAUGAGGGCAGCAACCUGGGGCUCCACGUAGUGGUGCGAACCCUGGGGGGCACACAGAUGGACCUGAAGCUGAUUCGCUUCGCCUCAGGACGCAACCACCACCAGAGCAAGCAGCCCAUGCUGGUGCUGUUCACGGACGAUGGACGACGACGAUCCGCUACACUGGAGAGCGCAGAUCCAGACGAUACCCAAGUCGCGGCCAUUUUGCCCCGAUCCCCCGUGGCCGCCCAGGCAUCCCCCCGCAGCGCCCGCUCUCUGGACCACGCGGAGGAGGAGGGCGCAUCGGCGCCGUGCAAGCGCCUGCCGCUCUACGUGGACUUCGAGGAGAUCGGCUGGUCGGGCUGGAUCGUGUCGCCGCGGGGCUACAACGCCUACUACUGCAAGGGCUCGUGCCCCUUCCCGCUGGGCCAGAACAUGAGGCCCACCAACCACGCCACCGUGCAGUCCAUCAUCAACGCCCUGAAACUGAUCAGGAGCGUGGAGACGCCGUGCUGCGUGCCCGACAAGCUCUUCUCCAUCAACCUGCUCUACUUCGACGACGACGAGAACGUGGUACUCAAGCAGUACAACGACAUGGUGGCGGGGAGCUGCGGCUGCCACUGA